AGGCAGGGCUGGGCAGCAGAGAGGGCGGAGCUCGGAGAACCACAGAAGGUGCCGCGGGAGGGCAGGACGCACCUGGGGAGACCCGCUGGAUAGACUCUGUCAUGGCGACUGGAUCGGCGACUGGAUCGGUGUAUGAGAUAGAUCCAUUUGAGGUUGAAGAGACAGAGGAAGAAUGUUCAAAGAAGAAGAAAUCAAAGUUUCAGACUUUUAAGAACUUUUUCUCCAAGAAGAAGAAAAACAAGGAGCAGUCGUCCGACCUGGGAGAAAGAAAGCUAAAGCCAAGUCAAUCUAGUAGUGACGUCAGCCUCCGAAACCUUGAUUCUUGCAUACUCCAUUUGCCAAUAGAGCCUGGAUCCAAAGGGAACAUGGGGAACAAAGCCUUAUCUCAUGACAGUGUUUUCACAGCACCCUCGCAAGAAAACCUCCCUGGGAAGGUGAAAACCUUGCAGUCCUCAAUCCCUGCCCAGCGCUAUAACUCUUUGAGUUUAGGUGGUACAGACAGUGAAGAUGACCAGGUCACCUCAGAAUCCGCCUCCAGACCCCUUAGCCCACAAUCCUCUGCAGUUGUUGGGAGUCCUACCUUGCCAUACUGCCACGUGCUUCCUGUCGAUUUCAGCACUCUACCCACUCCGCAGGGCUGCCUCGACAACGCAGCAGCCAAGCACAAGAUUGCUAUAAACCCGCGAAAACAGAAAGCCUUCACUCACAAAAAACAAGUUAUUUCAGUAGAAGAGGUGGCAAAACAGCAAGGCCUUCUCAAACCCGCAGAAGGAAAAUCAGGCCAUGAAAAAUUACUUGAAGAAGAUGAUAGAGAAGAGGAGGGCUGGGCAGGCCUGUCAAUCCAGGAUACCAGUAACUUAAAUGGGAGUCAAACUAAUGAUGCAUUAUCCAUUACAAGGGCCUCAGAUGCUUUGCAUUAUUCUUGGAACGCUGGCCCUGGUGCUGAGGAAAAUUGCAGAUUAGAAUCUGAGAACCAGAACCAUAUGGAAAUAGAUCUCCAGGUUUCUGUAACUGUGCCCUGUCCAAAUGCACAGUCCUCUCUAACAACGCACGAAGAAGAAGAGAUGGAGGAGGAAGGGGUGAAAACAACUGGGCAACCAACUGAUAACCUCACAUCGAACUCACAGAGCUCCAUGAAAGAGAUCAUUGAGAAUUUUGAACCUUUGCAGCCUGAAACAGAAGAUAUUAGAUGCUUAGAUGCUGCCUUGCCUGGGAAUAGCAUGGAUAAGGACCUUGAUGCAGCAGAAGAGUGUCACAACGUACCUUGCCUACAACCUGUAGAUCAAAAAGCAAAAGACUCUAGUGAUGGCAGUGACGCAAUACAUAUUUAUAAAGCAGAAGAUGCACUUGGUGACAGGGACAGCUUGGUCACGCUUCAGGCAGACCCUGCACUACACGGUCCACAGUUUUCUGCAUCCACUAUGGAGGCUCCCUCAGAAGCAGAGAAGGCCGUAGCCUCAGCCCUUGAAAAACACCAGACACCCAAAGAAGUUACAGGAGGACAGUCUGGAGAUAUGGAAAGUCAACUGUGCAAAGGUCACACAAAGCCAACAGCCUUUCCGCAGGGAGGACCAGCCAUCUCAGAUGCCCAAGUAGAUGAGCUUCCGCUUCAGAGUGCCGUGAGUGAGAAACCUUUCCACCGAAAUGAACAAUGUUCUGAUUUGAACAGCAGCUGCGGCGGGCAAGAGGAUGCCACCUUUAGAAACCUGAGCAACCCUUCUCUGGUAGGUCUGGCCUCUGCAGGAUCCCCCAAGGUUGCUCCUACAAGCAGCUGUUCUGAUGACAAGGCUGGAGACUUACCAGGAAGUGUGAAAAUGGAAGAAAGCAAAGAUCCAGAUGAGAUCACCAAGGCCCACCCAAAGUCCACUUCUACUAAGCCUGCCAGGUUCACCAUUGCAUCAGCCUGGCAGAGGUCUCUUUCAGGGAGUUCGAGUUCCAUUGAUAGUUCCUGCCCUGGAAGCACCCCUUCUUCACCCAUAAGACCAGAGUUGUUUGAAGGAAUGCCCCAGUUGGAUGCAGCCACAGAGGGAUAUAUAGUAAGGAGCCCAGAGUGUCCUGACAAGGGAAAUGGGACUGUUGGCGCCAACUUAAAUUCUGCAAAUGAAAGGCCAAAAGAAAAUACUCUUGACCGUGAGAGCCCAUUUGGGGUUAAGCUGAGGAGAACACCCUCUCUAUUGAAAUACCGAACCCAGCAGAAGCAUCACGAGCCUGCAAAGCAGCUGACAUCUGUGGUUCCAGGAACCUCUUCCACUUUGGUCAAAGAAGAUCUGAAUGCAUCAAGUUCUGGGAAGCCUCCCCAAAAUCUGACAGGUGGCACUAAAGCUUUGGUUCCAAAAUCCAUCUUCCAAAAGGAGAACCACCCCAUCAAAGCCAGCAAACCUGACGAAGAUGAAGCCAAGCAGAAGAUAGGCAAGCUCUCAGGGCAAACCCCGGCUGCACAUCUCGAAAGCACAUCCUCUGAACCACCAUGGAUUCUGAUGGCAAAACUAAAGCAGAAAGGCUUCCAGGGUCACCCUCUUGCGAAAGAACAGAAAUUGGAUGAUAAAACCUCUGCCAAAACGGAACAAGGAGGGGAGAAGCAAAGCAGGGUUUCUCCGCAGGAAAAGCAAACAGAUAUUACCAGUGAGAAUUUAUUGAAGACCAGUGCUCCUCAAGUACGUGCACUUGGGAGUAAAAUCCAGUUGAAGAUGGCUCCAUCAGCUACAAAAGCAACACCUGUUAGAACAACGCCUCAGGAAGCCCCUCAAAAGGAAAAGGAAAGGAGUCCAUUGCCAAGCCUACCAAUGUCUUCAUGCAGCCCUGCUGAGCCACCUUGGCUUUCUCUGGCCAGGAAAAAGGCCAAAGCAUGGAGUGAAAUGCCUCAGAGUGUUCAGUAGCCUUUCGGAAGACCUUGUCUACUCUGCCAAUAGCUGCAUUAAUAGAAUAUACUAAUGUCUUCACUGUGAGCAUUUAUUGAGGGUUUGGAGGGAUGAUGGGAAGCACUGGUGAAUUGGGGGUGGGUAAUUUCUACCACACAUGAUGGUAACCAUUGGAAUUAUUAAUACACUGGGUGCUUUUCACUGUAAGACAGUAAUUUAAUGUCAAAAACUCUGAUGAGAAGGACCUUGAAGGUUAUUACACAUUUCCCAUUAAAAAAAGCCAUUCAUCCUAUACCCGAGACAGUAUUCCUGCACUGGGUGGAAAUUUUUCCAAUUUUCUAGAUGUUUAGAGUCAGUCCAAAGUACCUGUCGCUCAAUGGAAGAGGUACCCAAUGUGGUGCUCUCAAGAUGCUGGACUGCAACUCAAUCCGCCCUGGCAAGUGGGACCAUUGGUAGCCAUUCAGUAGCCAUUCGGAAGACCUUGUCUACUCUGCCGAUAGCUGCAUUAAUAGAAUAUACUAAUGUCUUCACUGUGAGCAUUUAUUGAGGAUUUGGAGGGAUGAUGGGAAGCACUGGUGAAUUUGGGGUGGGUAAUUUCUACCACACAUGAGGGUAACCAUUGGAAUUAUUAAUACACUGGGUGCUUUUCACUGUAAGACAAUAAUUGCUCCAGGAAUCUUCAGCCAUAUGUUACAGUGUCAGUGUUAAUGUCAAAGACUCUGAUGAGAAGGACCUUGAAGGUUAUUACACAUUUCCCAUUAAAAAAAGCCAUUCAUCCUAUACCUGAGACAGUAUUCCUGCACUGGGUGGAAAUUUUUCCAAUUUUCCAGAUGUUUAGAGUCAGUCCAAAGUACCUGUCGCUCAAUGGAAGAGGUACCCAAUGUGGUGCUCUCAAGAUGCUGGACUGCAACUCAAUCCGCCCUGGCAAGUGGGACCAUUGGUAAAGGAUGAUAGUAGUUGUAGUCCUAGCAUCAUCUGGAGGUCAUCACAUUGACUGCCCUUGUGUGGAGACCCAAAGGCAACUCAUGGUAACCCUUUCAACUCCAUUUUUCCCAAACAGAAAUACAUAGUGCCUGGGCUGCCUGUCAUAGAACUAAACCCCCUCUCUUUCUGGACCCCAUCUACUACCUAUACAGGCAGCAGAAUAGCAGCCAUGACUUCAAGGUGUGUGUAUUUGUGGGAAAGGGGACAACUGGAUAGUGCUUCUCUUGGGAAUGGAUGAUUGCCAGUAAAAUAGCACUUGGUUCAACCAUUCAGGGAUGUCCGGAUGCCUGUCCAGAACUGUCUGCAAAUACAACAAAUCUAAUUUAAUAUUUUUUGCAGGCUUUGGCAUAGAUGUCUGAACCAGUUAUGCAUUGUAAAGAGCAUACAUAACACAAAGCAGAGUUGAGUUUUCUGGCUGAGCAUACUCUGAAUCUGAAUCUGCUGCAGCCCCUCAGAUCUUCCAAAGCAUCUUGUCGCUGGCGAUGGAUGAAGUGGAUGGGUUGUUUCUGUUCCCUUACAAGGGAAACAGGAAGCCUUAUAGUUGCUCAGGUCUUCCCCUGUUCCUUAUGACCCUUUUGAGCCCCAGUCCAAGAAACUGGCUGUGAAAUUCUAACUUGGGACCAACCUCUGAUACCAGCCUUUGCUAACCUGGUGCCCUUCAGAUGUUUUGAACUACAACUCCCAUCAGCUCCAGUUAGCACAUGCUGGCUAAGGCUGAUGGGGUUUGUAGUCCAAAAACCUGGAAGGCACCAUGUUGGCAGAGGCUGCUCUACACAUAAUGAUGUCUUCCUUUUGCACUAGAUAUUUAAAGCAGUAUCAUACCACUUUAAACAGUGGUGGCUUCCCCCAAAGAAUCCUGGUAACUUUGCCAUGGGUACCGAGAGUUGACCCCUGUACCCUUCACAGGGCUACAGUUCCCAAAUUGGUUUAAAAAUCAAUCAUUCUUCCCAAGGAAUGCUAGGAAUUGUAGCUCAGUGCCCUUAACAAAACACAUCUUUCAGGAUUCUUUGGGGGAAGUCAUGACAGUUUAAAGUGCUAUGAUACUGCUUUAAUAUAGUAUAGUGCUGGUAGGUUAUUGGCUUGGGGUGCAGUCCUGCCAUUCCUGAUCCCCUUCUACUAUGUAAAGGACACACAAAUCAAUACAUUCCUGGUUUCUUUUCGGUUCUUUAUUGUUUAUUCUUAAAAAAAGAAAAGAAAUGUCUCUUUUGAAAUGUAUGGAAUGUAUAUAUGUUUUUGUAAUCCUUGCCUUUCAGGACUACAUUUUCUUUUUCUUUUUUUUGUAUGUUCCCAUACUUUGUUUACUAUUAAAUUCUUUUGUCACAAUUGACACUUUGGUUUGUUGUGGUGGCAGGGAGAAACACAUCUUUUAAAAAAGCACCUUUAAAUAUCCAAAAGGGCUACUUUCAACUGCCUCUCUCACCCAUUUGCUAAACCAAAGGCACACAUGCUGUUCAUAGCAUUAAAUAGAUCUAUACUUACGCUUCAAAAGUUUUCAGUUGGGUUCCUCCCCUUUUCCUGCCAGUAGAGGGCAAUGGACACCAUUUCGGAAAAGUUUUGUAUUAUUUUGUUUUAUAAUGGCAAUAUGGGACCCAGGUGGCGCUGUGGUUAAACCACUGAGCCUAGGGCUUGCUGAUCAGAAGGUCGG